AAUGGUUAAUGGCUGAGACACAAACUGAUGAGUGGCUUAUGUAAUUUGCUGUUUGAUAUUUUCAUUUUCACAAACAAGUGGUAGACAGAGAGCCCUCGAAAGUUUUCGUAAACAUUUUGAAAAACCCAAAAUCAGAUAAUCCCACGACUCAAUCAAAUAUCCCAGACUAUAAAAUUGCAUACUUCAAUAACAAAAAGUAGAGAUUAAACUUUAGUUUCCUUUGCAGUUAAAGCCAUGACUCUUCAAGCAAGUUCCUUUAAGUUUGGAGGCAUUUCUCCUAUUCUUUCUCUUCCAAAAACUUCCCCUCGCCGCUUUGUAAUCAGAGCUAAAGUUGAGCCAUCAGAGAAAUCUGUAGAAGUAAUGAGGAAAUUCUCGGAACAAUAUGCUCGUCGUUCAGGCACAUAUUUCUGUAUGGAUAAGGGAGUGACUUCUGUUGUUAUCAAGUUCAUGAUAAAUAAAAACUCAUUUCGGAUAUUUGGACAGGGAUUGGCCGAGCAUAAAGAUACGUUGGGUGCCCCUCUCUGCCCUUGUAGGCAUUAUGACGACAAAGCUGCUGAGGCAGCGCAGGGGUUUUGGAACUGCCCAUGCGUUCCUAUGAGAGAAAGGAAAGAAUGCCACUGUAUGCUCUUUCUCACUCCAGAUAAUGAUUUUGCCGGCGAAGAUCAGUCCAUCACAUCGGAAGAAAUCAAGGAAACAACGGCAAACAUGUAGCUCUUGAGUUUCACUUUUCUAAACAGAAAUGAGAUGAAAAACCAACAGAAAUUGUAUCUGUAUAUCAAUAUGGCAAUCUUUCUUUUACCUCCUAUAUGAUCAGGAAUUACAGUAGUUAAACUCUUUGUAUCCAUGUUUUAUCGACAUAUUAUAUUUGAAUUGUUCA